GUAACGUUACAGAGCUGAGAGCGGAGUGAGAAGACUGCGUAUCGCUAUUACCUCCACACAGCCAUUGCAGUACAUUGAGAAUCAGCUCAAGCCUUUGGGAUAUUUUGAAGAUGGGGAAAGACCCAACAAAGCCAAGAGGAAAAAUGUCCUCUUAUGCCUAUUUUGUUCAGACCUGUAGAGAGGAACACAAGAAGAAACAUCCUGACACAUCUGUCAACUUUUCAGAGUUCUCUAAAAAGUGCUCUGAGCGAUGGAAGACUAUGUCAGCCAAGGAAAAGGGCAAGUUUGAAGAGAUGGCCAGACUUGACAAGGCACGUUAUGAGCGGGAGAUGAAGAACUAUGUUCCUCCCAGAGGCGAAAAGAAGAAGAGGUUUAAGGACCCCAAUGCCCCCAAGAGACCACCGUCGGCCUUUUUCAUUUUCUGCGCGGAAUAUCGGCCCAAGGUGAAGGAGGAGACUCCAGGUCUGUCUAUCGGAGAUGUGGCCAAGAAGCUUGGAGAGAUGUGGAACAAGACGUCUGCUGAAGAGAAGCAGCCUUAUGAGAAGAAAGCAGCCAAACUGAAGGAGAAAUAUGAGAAGGACAUUGCUGCAUAUCGAAAGGGAAAAGUUGUGGGGGGUGCUGCAAAAGCCCCCACCAAGCCAGACAAAACCAACGACGAAGAAGACGAUGAUGACGACGACGAGGAUGAUGACGAUGAAGAGGACGAUGAUGAUGACGAUGAGUAAAUUGGUUACAAACUAGAGCUUAGCUUCUUGUUUAUAAAACAUUUAACCCCCCUGUACACAUUUAACUGAGGCCAUAAAGUAGACGAAUAAAGGACAAAAAUAAAAGGAAAGGAAAAAACAUUAAGUUGGUGUAUAUGAUAUGGUUUUUAAGCUGUACAGUUUCCCCCCCCCCCCCCCCUUUUUUGUAUAGUAACACUACAAAGUGUCAUUUGUGUUUGUAUUUCCAACUUGUACCCCCCCCUCCCCUUUUUUCUUUCUAUUUUUAAAAUCCAUUCUUUUGUAACAGUAGUUCCUAAGCCACUAUCCUUGCCCAGUACAGUUUAAGGGGGUUGAAAAAUUGGCUUGGAGUUGGAGUUUUAGAGAUGUGCAGCAAACAACCUAGUUUAUUGUGAGGUUGUAGUUCAUAUCUUAAUGUAUUUUGUUUAUUUUUUUUUCACGUCACUAUCAUUAGUACAUUUCCGUAUCAUACAGUUAUUUUACUGUACUUUGAAUACCACUGUAAUUGUCACAAUGAUUAAAAAAAGAAAAAUGCAAUUGUUUCAUUGACAUUCUGAUAUGCCUCUGACAUCAAUAAACGUUUUUUUAAUAAA